AUGGCUUCCCUGAUCCACUACUGCUGUGUCACAGUUCCUGUCACGAAUGGCCACCCUCCUCCCGUGCCUGAUGUCACGCUGUUCCCGCGUAUCUGUUUUGUGUCUGAUUGUCUUGCUUAUUUAAGCCCUGUGGUUUGGUCUUCUGCUUGUUGGUCUAGGCUGGACUUGCUCAAGGGAGAAGGAGACACUGGGUGGACAUACAGCUGGUAUAAGGAUGGCAACACUAUCUACCCAUACAUCACAUCCAAUACAUACACAUUCAACUUUGUUGUACAGUAUGACAGUGGUACAUACACCUGCAGAGGGUACAGGGGAAGAGACUCUCAGAGCUCAGAGAUCAGUAAUGCUGUUACAUUAACUGUGUCAGAGAGACCCCAAGCAUUACUGAGUGUGUCUCCACAGAGCUGGCUGACUGAAGGAGUCUCAGUGAGUCUAAGCUGUGAGGUCAGAGACUCCUCUACAGGCUGGACAUUCAGCUGGUACAGAGCUGUUCCCUACAGAGAAUGUUUAAGUCCAGUAACAGACAUUCAUGGCUAUGUGAGGUAUUGUGUUGAGCUCCUCUCAGAGAGUAGCAGAAGAGCUGGAGGCUCCUACACUCUCAGUCCUGCUGCUCUACAUCACACAGGAGUUUAUGUGUGCAGAGCAGAGAGAGGAGAACCAGCCUAUCAGACACAGUACAGCAACACACAGCCACUAUGGAUCACUGGUGAGGACAUACAACAGCUGUGUAUGUGUGUGUGUGUGUGUGUGUGUGUGUGUGUG